UCCUAGAAAAAAAAAGACUAAUGUCUAAAUAUCCAAAGUAAAUUUUAUCAGCAUUUAGGAGUACAUGACCUCAAAGCAAACAGACAUGGACUAAAUGGCACAAGUUCAAUUUUGAUAAACGAUGUUAAACAUGAAGAAAUUUGACCUACCUAUAUAGACCAUCAUCUUAUUAAAAUGUCUGAAAUUUUCCACACACAUACACAGAAGGGGAAUUACAAGCUCAAUUACAAGCUCAACAAAAAAGCACUUGUUUAAUUUCUGUUGACAUUCCUGUGUUGCUGUAUUUGGAGGCCUUUUGUGUACUUAAAACAUUUAGUAACAGUAACUGAGCACACUGAACACACAAGAGUAUGUGUGCCUGAUACAAACACACACAAAUGCCUGACUACUCACUGACUGACUGACCCUGGCAUUCUAAGAUCCGAAAGGUUUUUGCCCCAGCUCUACCGGCGCAAAAUGCUCCGACCCUCAACACAGAGGUAUUCAGUGACCAGACCACUUUACUCAGAAGACACCUUUGAAGACGAACAUGCAAAAGUCUAUCGGAAACACAAGAGACUGCUGGACCAUUUUAUACAGUACUUCACUUGUACUUCCGAACGUGCAAAGAAUGCUGCUGUUUCUCUGCUGCCUAUCAUUGGAUGGAUGAAAAUCUACUCAGUCAAAGACUGGCUGUUGACUGACAUAGUGUCCGGUGUCAGCACUGGAUUGGUUGCCGUACUACAAGGGCUAGCCUUUAGUUUGCUGGCAUCCAUCUCUACCUGGUAUGGACUGUAUGCUGCUUUUUUUCCAGUCAUCAUGUAUUUUUUCUUGGGCACCUCACGACACAUUUCUGUAGGAUCUUUCCCUGUACUGAGUCUCAUGGUGGGGGCCGUAGUGACCAGAUUGGUGCCCGAUGAGGGUCCGCCUGCCAACAUCACUGCUUUUGAGGGCCUGACGAAAGAUGAGCAGAGAGUCUUAGUGUCUGCCUCCCUCACUUUCCUAGUGGGUCUAUUCCAGCUUGGUAUGGGGCUGCUGCAGGUGGGAUUUAUUGUGAUGUACCUGUCGGAUACUCUGAUAUCAGGAUUCACCACCGCAGCUGCUGUUCACAUCCUGGUUUCGCAGCUCAAGUUUGUACUAGGACUGACUGUGCCGGGUUUCAGUGGACCGCUGUCUAUUAUAUAUACUCUUGAGAGUGUAUUUACCCAGAUCACCUCCACUAAUAUCCAUGAUCUGGUGACUUCAAUUGUUGUGAUGGUGAUGGUGUUGGGCGUAAAGGAGAUCAACGACAGAUUUAAAUCAAAGUUACCAGUGCCCAUCCCCAUAGAAGUCAUUAUGACCGUAAUAGCAUGUGGUGUCUCCUACGCAUUCAACUUCAGCGAAAAUCAUGGAGUGGAUGUGGUGGGGAAAAUUCCAAACACGUUUGAGUCCCCAAUCGCUCCGAGCCUGCAGGUUUUCCAGAUGACAGCAGUGGAGGCUUUCCCAAUAGCUAUUGUGGGAUUUGCCGUGGCUUUUGCAGUAGCUAAAGUCUAUUCUGUAAAGCACGACUACAUUAUAGAUGGAAAUCAAGAACUCAUUGCCUUUGGGGCAAGCAACAUCUUUGGAGGAGCGUUCAAGUCUCUGGCAGCCAGCACGGCUCUCUCCAGAAGUGCAGUUCAAGAAAGCACUGGAGGAAAAACACAGAUAGCUGGUUUACUUUCUGCUAUUAUCGUGCUGGUGGUAAUCUUGGGGAUAGGGUUUCUGUUGGAACCUCUUCCAAAGUCGCUGCUGGGUGCAGUGGUGAUUGUGAACCUGAAGGGGAUGUUGAUGCAAGUGGUUACAGUCCCUUACCUAUGGAAGAAAGACCGUCCUGACUGUAUUGUUUGGGUGGGGACCUGUCUGGCAGCUAUAUUCUUGGGGCUGGACUUAGGACUUGCUGUUGGUCUUGGACUGGAGCUCCUCACUGUGGUCUUCAGGGCUCAGUUUCCACGCUGCUGUGUCCUGGCUAAUAUCUCAGGGACAGAUAUCUACAGAGAUCGCAAGGACUAUGUCAGUAUCUAUGAGCCAGAGGGAGUGAAGAUUUUCAGAAUCCCAUCUCCCAUUUUCUUCGCAAAUAUCGAUUUCUUCAGAGACAAACUGAAGGAUGCUGUGGGCUUUAAUCCUCUGAGAAUCCUGAGGAAGAGGAAUAAGGCAGUGAAGAAGAUUAAGAAAAUGAUAAAGAAAGGGGAGCUGACCUUAACAUCUAAUGGACUUCAGGCCACAUGCUUAAUGUUCAUUGAAGAGUCAGAGGAUGAAAGCAACAUGGAGGAUCUAGACAAGCCCACAGACUAUUCAGAUCUUCCGAUCCAGGUGAACUGGAAUGCAGAACUUCCUGCCAACAUCCGAGUUCCUUCUGUGAACAUCCACAGUUUGAUUCUGGACUUCUCUGCGGUCUCAUUUCUGGACAUAUCUGCACUCAAGGGUCUUAAAGCGGCCUUAAAGGAAUUUAUACGCGUCAAUGUUGAUGUUUACAUAGUAGGCUGUGACCCAUAUAUCAUAGAGAAGCUGAGGAACUGUACAUUUUUUGAUGAUGAAAUCAAGACGUCUAUCUUCUUUUUGACCAUCCAUGAUGCAAUACUCUUCAUUCACGAGUCCCAUCCACUGAAGACUGUGAGCGAGAAGGUCUCAGGAAGUUUUCAAUAUCAACACAUUAACAGCGACAGCACAUCCAACGGGUUGAAAAUCCAAGCAGUGGAAGACAUGAAAAUGGAAGUCGAAACAGACACCAAACCAGAGACAAGGUUUUGAAGUGAACCAGCUUGAAACUUUCACUAUGUAGUACUUUAAAAUCUGUGUAAAUAAUAAUUAACUUGAUUUAGCAUGUAGCAGUUUGUAUUCCGUGUACUGUGCUGCAUGCAGAAUGAAUUAGCUUGAGAUUGUCAAUGUGUCAUGUCACUAAAUUAUUGGAUUUGAGGUGAACAAAUGCUCUUCUCAGUUCACUAUCAGUGCCUUUUGUAUAUUUACAUUUUUUCCUUUUUGAAUAGUAUGUAUUUUUUGUGUGUACUAUUUUUAUUCUAAAAUAAAAAAAGAAUGUUUUCUAAAAUAUACACUGUCCUUCCUGACUUGAGACAAAAUGAUUUUCAAGUAUACAA